AUGAUACAAGAGGAGCUUGCAACAGCACUAAGAGACUACGUCGGACGAGAAACCCCUCUCUACUUCGCCCAAUGGCUAACGGAUCACUACAAGAACCGCAAUGGAGAAGGCCCAGAGAUUUACCUGAAGAGAGAGGAUCUCAACCAUGGCGGAGCCCACAAGAUCAACAACGCCAUCGCGCAGGCGAUGCUCGCCAAACGAAUGGGCUUGAAAAGCAUCGUUACCGCAACUGGAGCGGGGCAGCAUGGCGUUGCAACCGCCGCCGCGUGUGCUAAACUAUCUCUGGAAUGUACGAUAUUGAUGGGUAGCUUAGACAUGGAGAGACAAUCGUCCAAUGUGAUUCUUAUGAAUCUCUUAGGUGCUAAGGUUAAAGUUGUUGAAGGAAACUUUAAAGAUGCAUGCUCGGAAGCAUUCCGAGAAUGGGUUGGGAACCUAGACACCAGCUACUACUUAGCAGGCACAGCAGUGGGGCCCCACCCCUGUCCAACAAUGGUUAGAGAGUUCCAAUCCAUAAUCGGAAAAGAGACCAGAAAACAGGCAAUGGAAAAAUGGGGUGGGAAACCUGAUGUGUUGGUCGCUUGUGUUGGAACUGGGUCUAAUGCGUUGGGCCUUUUCCAUGAAUACUUGAAAGAUGAAGAUGUGAGAUUGAUUGGAGUUGAGGGUGGCGGUUCCGGGAUCGAUAGCGGGAGGCAUUCAGCGACUCUAGUUAUAGGAGAGGUGGGUGUGUAUCAUGGAGCUGUGAGCUAUUUGUUGCAAGAUGACGAAGGCCAGAUUGUUGGGGCACAUUCUAUCGCUGUUGGGUUGGAGUAUCCAGGAGUAAGUCCAGAAUUGAGCUUCCUUAAAGAAAUUGGAAGGGCAGAGUUCUACACUGUCAUGGACCAAGAAGCCGUGAAUGCAUUCAAAAGACUAUGCAGACUUGAAGGAAUUUUUCCAGCAUUGGAGGCCUCCCAUGCACUGGCAUUCCUAGACAAACUUUGCCCCACUUUACCAAGUGGUACAAAGGUUGUGGUGAAUAUUAGUGGGUGUGGAGAUAAAGAUGCUUCUACUGUAUUCAAAUACGAACUGGACUCAAUGGGCCGAAGUGCUAGUGCUAAUUGAUGCAUAUAUAUAGAUAUAUAUAUAUAUAUAUAUAUAUAU